GCCCGGCCCACGGCCGCCUGGCCUCGCCGCUAGCCGGGGGCUCACGGGCUGCACCGGCCCCAACCGCCCCCGGAGAGCGGAACGGCAACGCCUGACAUCAGGCCGCCUCCCGGGCUCCUCAUCCUUCUUGGAAAACGGGGAGAACCCGGCGGGUUUGCCGCUGUGGCGUUUUUCGGGCGCUGGGAACAAAGCCGUGCCGAGGUUUGCCCGUCAGUGAGCGCGUUCCGUGCCGGGGCUCACCGAGGGCAGCGGCACCACCCGCCGCAGGACAUCACCUACCGGCCACCCCCUCACUCCGCUUUUCUCCUUUUCGUUUAUUGUCCUUGCUAAACAGCUGGCCGAGCUUUGCCAGGACACCGGAGGAAUUCGUCAGGACGGUGUUCCACGCUGAUCCCAGGGAUCGCUGGUGCAUCAGGCAGAGCACAGGAGGGAGCCAUGGUGUGCAUUCCCUGCAUCGUGAUCCCUGUUCUGCUCUGGGUCUACAAGAAGUUUCUGGAGCCCUACAUCUACCCCAUGGUCGCCCCCUUCAUCAAGCAUGUCUGGCCCAAGAAAGCAGUGCAGGAGCCACCAGGCACCAAGCAGGGGCCAGGAGGCAGCACUGGGGACCCCCGGGGACCUGCAGCUGCCAAGAGAGACCAGGAGGAUGGACCUGGGGGCCAUAAAUUGGAAAGCAAUGGCAUUGUAAAUGGAAGUCCUGCAAAGGGAUCUGCUGCAGUGUAUGACAAGAAAACAGCUUGAAGGAGUUAAUUCCUGAGGAUUUUAUUCCCUCAUGUCCAGUAUGAACUGCUGAUAUUCCUCUCAAUUUGAGACUUUUUUUCUUUGCACAUUUUAGCUGAAUAAAAAACUUAAUUGCUUGCAGGAGAGUCUCUUUUGCCACUAAAAUGGCAGCUGUUUGUUUAUUUAAAAUAUUUGAAAUCUGAUGUUCUUGUAUUUUUCUUGCUGGAACUACUUUUCAUCUGCCAUCUGUUUGGUGUGAUUAGAGUUUAGGUUAAAUAACGUAAGAAUAAAUCUGUCUGUGGAA